CAGAGGGAGCGGUGGGAUCGACGGGAUCGGGAUCGGUGGGAUCGAGUCGGGGGCAGCUGGGGAAGGUUGUGGGGCCUGGAGACGUCAUAGGGGAGUUGGCUUUGCUUUAUAACUCCCCGAGAGCGGCCACAGUUGUGACGCUGCUGCAGUCGAUGAGCACUUACGACCGGCUGAAGCUGGCGGACGCGCUGCGAACAGAAACUUAUUCGGAUGGAGAGUUUAUAGUUCGUCAAGGAGAAGAAGGAAACACUUUUUAUUUAGUCGAAGACGGAAAAGCCAAAGUCUUCCAAACCCCCGAGGCCGGGGGCACCCCCGUCCAAAUCGGCAGCUACCAGAGCGGGGACUACUUCGGAGAGCUGGCGCUGCUGACUGGAGAGGCGCGAGCAGCAAAUGUUGUCAGCGAUGGUUUUUGCAAAGUGGCGGCUUUGGAGAGAAAAAGCUUUAAAAGACUUUUGGGAUCUGUCGAAGAAAUCUUGAGAAAAAGAGCCCUCGACUAUAAAAGAAAAUAA